AUGCUGACGACUGCCACUCCAGACAUUGAUCCCGAGAUCAUCGACACGGAACGACAGAGAGCAAAAGCCCUGAUCGCAAGGCACCUUCCCAACAAUCACACCACGGCUCCUCAUCCUUCUCUUGCCCCUCUUCCUGCAGUCACCUUCUCCGACAUAUUCCGUCAAGAGAUUGACCGGGUCGCCGCGGGCGAACCCCGCAGACAAGGGAUAGACGUAUCACGCUAUGAGGCCCCUGAUGAACCAGCCAUUGACAGUGACGAGGCCACAAUGAGGGAGGCGUUGCGGAACGCGUACAUCUCCAGCACUUUCCUGUCAGAUCGACAUGCCAACCUUGAAUUGCUCGACGAGUUUGGCAAGAAUGCUUGGCUUAUUGGCAAUUCCCAGACGGAGGAGAUCCUUCAAUGGCUAGAACGUGAACUGGCCGGCCUUAGAUCUGAGGCCGAAAGUAUCAACAAAGCUCGGAAAGCUGCGCAAGGACAGUCCAAGGCCGAACUUUUGACCCUUCAGGAAAAUUGGAAGCGAGGUGUAGGCAAAAUUCUCGAGAUACAGGUCGGUACAGACCAGCUGCAUCGCCAAAUCCUUGAACAUCAAAGCCAACAUGCAGCAUGA